CGCCAGGGCGAUCCCCCCGAGGCCUUGCGUCCUUCCCGGUCAGGCCGCCACUCGGAGCCGCCUGGAGCCCGCGGGGAGGCGACGGGCAGCCGCGGCGAGACUUUCCGUGUCUGUAGUGGGCGUUACGGAAUAAGGAAGUAGAUCGGACAAACGCAAGUCAGACGCUCAGAACCGCGAAGAGCAGGAGCGUUGCUGUGACUUGAAGCUGGGAUUCUGUAAGAAGACACAGCAUCGUUAGAAGGAUGACACUGCUUAGUUUUCUGAGCAGAACACCGCAACUAGCAAGAUAUUCAUCCAGUCCACUGGGGAGACGACUCUCUUCAGCCAGCGCAAAUAAGCCAGUGUUGACUUUAUUCACCAAGCCUCCAAGAGGAGAACAACUAGAAAUGCAAAGCACUUCUCAGCACCAAGGUUAUGCUGACUUGACUUCAACUGUUUCCUGGAUCCUCCCUCCAGCUCUUCUUGUAAAUGGUUGUAACGUCUGCCAGGCUCCAGUCAAGUGGAACUUCCCCAGUCAGCCAGGACUGCUGAAACCGUGCCCUCUAUGUGAUGAAGCAAAAGAAGCGCUCGAGCCAUAUAAGGGAAGGUUUAUUUUGCAGGAGGUGGAUAUUACCCUUUCAGAGAACUCAGUGUGGUGUGAUAAAUACAAAUAUGACAUACCUGUUUUUCAUUUAAAUGGGAAGUUCCUAAUGAAGCAUCGAGUAGACAUUCAAAAGUUUGAGGACCAGCUUAUGAAGAUGGAGUUGCAAAAUGAUGAAAACCAGUGAAGAAAAUGCAGCUGCUUUGGUGUGGUUCUGAAAAGACUAUGCAACUUAAAUUGUGUGAAAAAUCAGUAUUCAUUAUCUGGCAUCAGGUUUCUUAGAACGUAUGGUACCAGUGACCUAUAACAGUUGAGGGACUUGUAUUCGGUUUUGUUUUGAUCAUCCAGCCCAGAUGCAUCAGUAGCAACCUUUUCUGUACCAUUAGUUUGCUGCUGUCCUUUUCACUGGCAAAGUAAAUGCUGCUCCAUAGGAUCAGAUUAAGUGUUUGUAUGGCAUUUGAAUGGCAAGGUUUUGGUAGCCUGGGGGCUACAGGGGCAGCUUCUGUGAGAAGCUGCUAGAGGCUUCCACUGUGGCUGAAAGAGCCAAUGUCAGCUGGCUCCAAGCAGGACCCGCCACUGGCCAAGGCUGAGGCAUUCAGCAAUGGUGGCAGCACCUCUCUGAAAACAUAUUGGAUAUUGAAGAAUAUUACCUGUGUAAUGGCAGCUGGAGGGAGGAGUAGGAAUACGUGAGAGAAAUAAGUCUGCAGACUCCAAGGUCAGUGAAGGAGGACGGUAAGGAUGUGCCCCAGGCACCGGAGCAGAUAUACCCUGAAGCCUGUGGUAAAGACCAUGGUGAAGCAGGCUGUCCCUUUGCAGCUCGUGGGAGUUAAUGGUGGAACAGGUAACCACGUGCAGUUUGUGGAGGCCCCCACACCAGAGCAGGUGGAUGUGUCUAAAGGAGACUGUGACCCCAUGGGAAGCCCAUCCUGGAAAGGGUGUGGAGAGAGAGAAGCCCAUGCAGAGCAGCUUUGCUGGCAGGACUUGCAACCCUGUGGGGGACCCACACUGGAGCAGUCCAGUCCUGAAGGACUGUACCCCAUGGAAGGUACCCGCACUUGGACAGUCUGUGAAGAACUGUAGUGUUCGGAAGCAUUCACAUUGGAGGAAGAUCUUUCCCAUGGGAGGAAACCCACACUGAAGCAGGGGAAGAAUGUGAGCAGUCCUGCCUCUGAGGUGGAAGGAAUAGGAGAAACAAGGUGUAAUGAACUGACCACAACCUCUAUUCCCCUUUCCCUUGUGCUACUGGAGGGGGUAGGUAGAGAAAAUUGGGAGUAAAGUUAAGACUGAGAAGAAGUGGGGGUGGAGGGAAGGUGUUAUUGAACUUUGGUUUUAUUUCUCAUCCUACUCUGAUUUGAUCGGUAAUUAAUAUCUCCAAACUGAGUCUGUUUUGCCUGCCAUGAUAAUUGCUGAAUGAUCUCUCCCUGUCCUUAUCUGGACCCAUGAGUCCUUCUUUGUAUUUUCUUUCCCCUGUCCAAGCUGAGGAGGGAGGUGAUAGAGUGGCUAUAGAAUGCAUAGGUGGGCACCUGGUGUCCAGCCAGUGUCAAACUACCACAGUGUUUCAAGAUUGUAGGUAUGGGUAAGCUGUAGGUCUGUAUGAGACUUCCUUGAAGAAGUCUAGGAGUCCAUCCAAAGUGCUCGUUUAAAAUGAAGAGAGCAUUUACUGUAAGUGAAAAAGACAAUAGACUAAAGACAGCACACUCUCCCUGAAGGAGAGUUGUAUCUAUAGAACAAUCAUCACAAUUUGAUACAGCUGCUACUAACACAUGAACACUGAAUAAUUUUUCUUUUAAUGGGAGGAACAUAUGUUGUACUUAAGUCUAUUUUAUUGACAUAUUACUCCCUCCUGAAGAGGGCUACUGCUUUGCCGAGUCACAGGGUGGAGGGGGGCAAGAUGAACGUCUGGUGGCCACUCCACAUCAGCAGCCACAUCAAAGCCCAUGUGUGCAGUAAGGCUUAUACGCUUGAUGAGCUGAGGAGAAUAAACAAGCCGUUAUGUCUCCACCACUUGUUAACCUAUCGGGAUGAUCAAACUGGCCCCCAGUCACUCCCUUGCACAUAUCAAAGCAAUUAUUCACAUAUAGCAGAUUUACACCAUAGCCACAGAACAAAGAAUCGGAGGUGAUCCUGAGAGCAGAAGUAUUAAUAAGAUUUGUGAAUAGAAACCAGUGUAUGUUGUGCUUAGAUGACUUAUGGGCAGAAACUGUGGGGUUUGUGUGUUGGAAAUGGCUUGAUGUAUGACCCUGAAGUUUUUUGGAUCCCUAUACGCUGGUGGAGGUCACACUAGAAAAGAGGGCAAGUAACCCACUGUGUCGUUUACCUGUAGCGCCACUGAUGAGAGGUAAGAAAGAUAAGAAGCUGGGCUGAUACCCUAGAUGUUAUCGCUCCAGAAUGGGCUAUAAGAGGAUGAGAGGAGUGACAUCAACAUAACAUCGUGGAUCCAAUCCCUCCAAACACUGAAGCAUCUGCAAAAACUUCACCUGCAGCAAACUUCAUGGACACAUCUAUAAAGACUUUGUCGCUGAACUCCGGAUAGGUCUGUGGUCCCUCACAAAACUAUUAUUGGAUGUUAAUACUGGUCUAGACUUAAGCUUAUGUUCUUGACUUAGAAUUGUAACACUAUAGGUAACAAAGUAACUGUUUAAAUGCAGUUCUGGGUCCUACUCUGUCUCCAUUAGGGUGUAACCUCCACACCAAACUUUGAGCUCCUUAGUACUUACCAGUCACAAGAAAAAAUAGAGUGAAUUAUAAUUGAGCCAAAUGAACCGAA